AUGUCAACUCAAGCAGGCCUUCCCAGUCAUGCGGAGUACAUCAAAAGUCUUAUACCCGUCGCGAUAUGCUCGGCAGCAGGUUCCUGUCCAAUAUGUCAACUAGAGUACGAAGAAGGCCACUCACCAAUCCUCCUCCGUGACUGCGGACACAUCUUUGGUAAACCAUGCAUCCUCAGGUGGUUUGAAGAAGGUGCAAAUACAUGCCCUUUGGAUAGGAAAACGCUCUUCGCCUCGCACAUGGAUCACGAACAAGACGGGAGUUCAUCGUUAGUCCCCCUCGGGUCUACCCAGAACCAAGAUAUCGACCUUGGCUCAGACUCCCGCAGACCAAACCGGAGACUACGGCGAGUGCGUCAUUCCUACGCUCAAUAUCGCUGUCUCUACUUCGGCGGCGAGAUUAUCGGGGUCAACGGUCGUCUCACAUCUCCAGGGUGUCGGCUUGUCGUCCGCGAUCUCUGGUAUUAUGCAGAGCUUCUAGCCCAAAGGAUACAGUUUCAUCCUGAUGAUCUCUGUUUUUGUUCCGUCAGUGAGGACGAUAUCAUUCGACUCAUAGAGGAUGCGCUACCCAGGGGCGUUGACCCAGAUGGAAAUGAGCACAUUCGACCGCUGUUGAGCAGUAUAGCGCGGACGAUGCUGAGUUCACAGGAGGAGGCCUGGUCAGAGGGCCGUGGAGCCACGAUCCAAAGAGAGGAUCUGGAGCGUUGGAGUGGGAGUCUUUGGGAGGUGUGUGGCGGCUAUGAUGAGGAUUGA